CGAAAAAAUAACGUAAUGGUUUCAGACACGAUAUCCACAUGGACUCUCAGCGAAACUCUCUCAGGGCUUGCGCUUGUAUUAGCGACGUACCUUAUAGUAGUUUUCAAGAUUCUGCCUCUUUACAUGAAGAACAGAGAACCAUACAAAUUAAAUAGAGUAUUACAAGUCUACAACGGAUUUCAAGUCGCGUUUUCUUUAUACGCUGUCUUUCUUUAUACAAGGUAUAUGCUUAGAAACGGAGUAAUAACUACGAGAUGUCCUAAAGGAGAAGAUCUACAAGGCGUAAUAAACGAAAUCUAUCCAUAUUUCUACGCCAAACACCUGGAUCUACUGGAUACAGUAUUCUUCGUUCUCCGCAAAAAGGACAAUCAGAUAACCUUCCUCCACCUCUACCACCACACAGCUAUGGUUUCAUGGACGUGGUUACACUUGAUGUAUCAUCCCACUGACCAUUUUGUUGUUGUUGGGUUAUUAAAUAGCUUUGUCCAUGUGUUAAUGUAUGCGUAUUAUGGCAUAUCUUCGUUGGGACCGGAAUAUCAGAAGUUUGUAUGGUGGAAAAAACAUUUGACCAAAGUUCAAUUGAUCCAAUUCAUCCUCGUUAUAUCAGACCUUUACUACCAACAGAAGCUAACACCGUGUCCGCUGCCAGCGUUUUUCCAUUACUUCUGCGUGUUCAGCAUUGGAUCGUUCUUCUUUCUAUUUCUUAAUUUCUAUUUCAGGACUUAUAAGGCUAGAAGAAGUAAGAAAUAAUUAGAGGUUAAAGGGAAAGAGAUUUUAAAUAUUGAAUAUAAUGGGAAAAAGUCGCAUUAGGUUGGAUUUAUUCUUUAAAAUACUGUAUAAAUUGGAAAUGCGUCAUUGACUUUUUAUUAAGUCAAUGAAAUGCGUGAACAACUGACCGACUAUGUUAACUCAGACUUAAAUUCAAUUCUGUAUCAUUUAUUGUAUAAGUAGAUUCAAAAUGCUAUUUGCUCUGUAAUGAUAUAAAAAAU